AUGCUCGAGGAUCAACCGUUGGACUUGAGCGUCCGGGUAGGAGAUUACGCGGAGUUCUCCCGAGAGGAGAACGAUCAGGAUCAAGAUCGGAAGGAGCCGAUCGACGACUACGGGAACGCCGCGGCAGCGCUCAGGUUACGAGGAUGCUUCGUCGCCACCACGUCCACCGAAUACUCCCAGGAAAGAGAGGAUCGUACCUGUUCCGAGGAUUCGGACGAUUCGUGCUCCGACAAUAACCAAAAGGACGGUAGCACGAGAUCGAGGUCCAGACCACCCGGUACCAAACCGUACAAGAAGAAUCUUAUGAGACGAUACCGUGAGUUUUACCACUCAGUUACUAUGGAUGUUUAUGUAGAUUCUAAUUUUUUUACCAGCAUGAUGAUGAGCUGUUGAUACUUAUAAUAUAA